UGCCGAGCGGAGAGGAUAGUUGACUUCAGUAAAAAUUGACUUUGUUGUUACCUACAGUUCGUCCGGACGGGUUGUGAGUCAGUUUCAACUCCUGAGGACACUGAGAGGUGAGGAAUACUUCAUGUCGGCGUCAGUGUUUGGCAGCAUGGCGGCAGCCUGGAGGGGGAAGGUCAGCUCGCUGCUCCCUCUGACCAGGAGACUGACCACCAGCCAGGGGGGAGCUCAGCCUCCUCCGCCCGACGACUCCGUCCCUUUUCCCCAGGAGCGUGAGCCACGGGAACGAAGAGCCUGGAAAGACCCCAGCGGCUCCUCCGUGCUCCUGUUCCCCGGCCAGGGCAGCCAGUUUGUGGGCAUGGGCAGAGGACUGCUGAAGUACCCCAACGUGAAAGAAAUGUUCUCGGCGGCGGAGAAGAUCCUCGGCUACGACCUGCUGUCUCUGUGCCUGCAGGGGCCCGAGCAGGAGCUGAUGAAGACGGUGCACUGCCAGCCGGCUGUGUUCGUCACGUCUCUGGCGGCGGUGGAGAGGCUCCACCAGGAAAACCCGGAGGCGAUUGAGUCAUGUGUCGCUGCUGCAGGUUUCAGUGUUGGAGAAUUCGCCGCUCUCGUCUUUUCUGGUGCCAUGAACUUUGCCGAAGCGCUGUAUGCGGUGAAGGUGCGUGCAGAGGCCAUGCAGAAAGCAUCGGAGCUGGUUCCCAGUGGGAUGCUGUCAGUGAUUGGGAGACCUCAGGCUCAGUAUAAAUAUGCCUGUCUGCAGGCUAGAGAGCACUGCAAGAGUCUGGGUGUGGAGGAGCCUGUGUGUUCUGUGGCCAACUACCUGUUCCCUGAUGGCAGGGUCAUCGCAGGACACCAACAGGCUCUGGAUUUUCUCCAGAAGAACUCCAGGCAGCUAAUGUUCAUGAGGACGAAACCUCUUCCAGUCAGUGGAGCGUUCCACACUGAGCUGAUGGCGUCGGCUACUGAAUCCCUCAGAGAGGUGCUGAAGCAGGUGGAGGUGCGGCGCCCAGAGAUCAGAGUCUACUCUAACGUGGAUGGCAAACGCUACAUGAACGAGAGUCACGUGCGCAGGCAGCUGGUGAAGCAGCUGGUGUCGCCCGUGAAAUGGGAGCAAACUCUACACGAGAUCUAUGAGAGGGUGCAGGGACAGAACUUCCCUCACACCUAUGAGGUCGGACCCGGAAAGCAGCUGGGCGCCACGCUUCAGAAGUGCAACAGGAAGGCCUUCAAAACAUACACUAGUGUGGAAGUCAGCGCACAUGAAGACUGAUGAUGCAGAGACGUGGACUCAACAAUGAAAACAGAUCAGCAGGAGCUUUUGUCAAACCUGCAAGCUCUUCCUUCUUAAUGCUCUUUCUUAUGUAAUACUGUGUAAUUAAAUGAAUGUUUUUUUAAUUAA